AUGGCUGUUUUAGUGCCGUCCGACCAUCAGACCGCAAGGACCGUGUGGAGCUGCCGGCUGAAGUCCGACAACUUCAUCACCCCGCUGUUAGUCCGCCGCAAAGACUUCUUGAAACAUGAGGAGCCCUGGUGGUCUCUCCACCUCUCUGUCCCGCAAACGGGAACCGGCACGAUCGCGCCGCACUCGUUUGUGGGUCUGAAGUCCUUGAGAGCGCUGCACAUGGACGGGAAUCGGCUGACGGUCAUCAACAGUGACCCAGCGAAGGGUCGAUUCAACUGGAGGCACCUGAUCCUAGUGGGCAAUAAUCAGAUUCACCACAUCGACUGUCCCUCCUUCGACGAGUUCGUCUCCACCAUCGCACGGACCUGAGAUUUGUCAACAAACAACCUCGAGGCCGUUACCAGGUGGGAAGCCAUCGCCAGGAUGACCCACAUCAACACCUUAACACUGGGACCACAAUGCAUCGACCACAUCAGCGCCGGGACCUUCAUCGCUCCUUCACCAAGGCUGGUGGCGGGCUGGAAACAUGACGUCUCAAACCGUCUGCAGACCAGCUUCCCUCCGCCGACGCAAACUGUUCCCAGGCAGGCGCCGAGGUGCUGGUCCGAGCCCAGAGCGUUCAGAACAGCGUCGUCCUUGCUGACGGUGUGAGUUUCGGGGGAAACCCGCUGCCAGCCGUGUAAACUGUGUGAGCUGCUCUGGCUGCGGCGCCUGACGAGGAAAGACGACCUGGAGACCUGCGCUUCUCCUGAACAACCUGAUGGACAAAGUACUUUCUGGUCCAUUCAAGAGGAGGAGUUCAUCUGCGAGCCGCCGCUCAUCACCAAACACCAGGUCACCAAACCCUAUGUCAUGGAGGGUCAGGGCGUGACUCUGAAAUGCAAGGCGAUGGGCGACCCCGAUCCCACCAUUCACUGGCGCUUUCCCGACGGCAAACUGGUGCACAAUAACUCUCGCACGAUCCUGUAUGACAACGGCACAUUGGACAUCCUGAUCACCACGAUGAAGGACAGCGGCGCCUUCAACUGUGUGGCCUCCAACGCGGCCGGCAUCGCCACCGCAGCCGUGGAGGUCAACAUGAUCCCGCUGCCGCUCUUCGUCAACAACACGGGUCACAUGAGGGAGGCCGACCCGGGGCUCUCCGACAUCACCACCUCCACCAAAUCCGGCAGCAACGACACCAAACCACAGAACAAGAGGGUGCUGGUGGAAAACCUGACCGCAAACUCAGCCGUCAUCCACUGGCCGUCCGAGCGCCACAUUCCCGGGAUCAGAAUGUACCAGAUCCAGUACAACAGCACCGUCGACGACACCCUGGUGUACAGGAUGAUUCCGUCGGCCAGUAAGACGUUUAAGAUCAAUGAUCUGGCGGCGGGGCGCGAGUAUGAGCUGUGUGUGUUGGCGGUGUAUGAUGACGGCAUCACGUCUCUGACGGCCACACGCGUGGUGGGCUGCGUUCAGUUCCACACGGGAGCGGAGGCGGGUCAGUGCCGCUUCAUCCCAAGCCAGUUCCUGGGCGGCACCAUGAUCAUCAUCAUCGGCGGCAUCAUCGUGGCCUCCGUCCUCGUCUUCAUCAUCAUCCUCAUGAUCCGCUACAAGGCUUACAGCGGAGCCGACGCGGCCAAAGCCAAAGUGCGAGGAGACGCCGGUGUGCAGGUGCACUCGCAGACCAACGGGAGUCACCCGGGACGCUCUGGUUCCAAGCAGGAGGUGUGUCCCGAGUCGCCCGACGCAAAGGACUGCAAGGCGCUGGUGCUGCUGAAGAUGGAGGAGAAACAGGAGGAGCUGAAAGUCGAGCUUCCGCCCGUUUGCUCCGAGAAAGCAGCGCCAGCUCCACCAUCCCGGAGAGCCAGCCUGGGCGGGCCACCGUCCGACGACACGCAGACGGACAGCAGCCUGACGGGCUCCACCAUGUCUCUGUGCCUGAUCGGGUCCGGGGCCAACCCGGCCGAGCCCCCUCGGAAGGGGCCGCUGGCCAACAUGGGGCUCCUGCCCAGCGAACUGGCCCGGACUCGGCAUCGCUUCUCCUUCGACGGAGACUAUGCUCUAUUCCAGAGCCACAGUUACCCGCGCCGGGCUCGAACCCGCCGGCACAAAUCCACCACCCAGCUCAACACAGACGUGUCUCCACCCUGCAGCCGGAGGGUGACGUUCAGCAGCACAGAGUGGAUGUUGGAGAGCACAUAUACUAACAUCGAAGUGUUUCACAUCACUCCUGGUCCAGAUGCUGCGUUAGAAGGCAGCUCCCUAUGUAGGCGGCUCACUAGGGUUGGAAACAGAGCUGAAGUCUGGUGUCAUCUGAUCUGA